UUUAUCUAUUUGUUUUAAAAAAUAUUUUAAAUUUUAUCUGGAUAAAAACAGAAGCUCAGUUAAAUGAUAUAUGCUAUUUAAGGAACCUUUUGGAGCUCAGAGCUGCUCCAAUGGCGGAAACGUAGCAGCAGCUCCAACGAAGAAGGAGAAGAAGAACAACAACAACAAAAAAGAGCGUUCAAAAUCGCACCAUUAAAGCGAUGGCAACGAUCAGAUACCGCAUAAGGAACGAGUAUGGUUUGGGGAGCUCUGAACUCUACUGUGCCGCGGAUAGGAACGACCCUGAAGCGAUUCUGCAAGGCGUCGCCGUGGCUGGUCUAAUCGGUCUCUUACGGCAGCUAGGAGAUCUCGCAGAUUUUUCUGCAGAGGUAUUUAACGAGUUGCAUGAAGAGGUAAUGAACCUUACUUCAAGAGAGCACAAACUGAUGCUUCGAGUUCAACGUCUAGAAAGAGAGGUUCCAUCAAUUGAGAAGGGUUUUUUCCCUCAACGUUUCUCUUAUAGGGAAGGUAUCGAUUGGCACUGUAAUCUCCAAAAGGGUGGUCAUGAUCUAGUUAGCACUGGAGAAAUGCCUCAUUCUGUCAUGAAUGCAUAUAGAGCAUGUCGUGGUCCACCACAACUAUUCAAGCUAGACAAGUUUGAUGUUUCUGGUAAUGGAACAUGCUUGAAGAGGUACACUGAUCCAUCUUUCUAUAGCUUGGAAUUGACCUCCAAAUUGGAACAGCAAGAUGCUCAAGAAAAAGAAAGAGCUGGCAAAGUUAAGAAGAAGGUAUCCUUCAUAGCUAAUAGCGAAUCACCUGAAUCUCUCAGUUCCAGAUUGCAGCCGUGUACUACAGACCAAGUUUUUGAUAGACCCUUGCAACAUGUCAAGGUGAAAUCAAGACAGCUAAAUGAAUCAAUUAUCCACACUUUAAGAAAUUACAUGGUGAAUGGUAUUGUUUUGCAUUCACUGGAGGAGCAAAUUAUUCCUAAAAAUUCAGCAAGCCAGUCCACCAUGAUAAAACCAGGUCACUCAACUGAAACAGAUGAAACUGUAGCCAAUGCAUCUUCGAGCGUAGACAAAGGCUCGACAUCUUCUCUUAACAAGCAGGAAAUUGCAACAGAAAAUGACUUGGAGCUAAAAAUUGAAACAAGUGAUGAGGAAAUGGCAACUAUCAAGAAUGCUAAGAAAACUGUAGGCCACUACUCAACUCAUCAAGCUGUUAACAAAGUGGAUCAAAACGGGUCUUUAGGAGAUGACAAAGGUCGAUCAGAGCACAGUCCUGAUUGCUAUAUUUCCGAUGAAAAUUCUAGUGAGUUGGGCAAUUUCAUGGAUGCACAUACUACCACGGAAUCAAAAAUAGAGACAGAUGAUGAACAGGUUAGACCGGAUUUUCUUGGCAUCCAUUCGGAAGAAUCAGAUUUUGAUAGUAAUGAUGAGGUGGAGUUGAAAGCUCAAUAUCCUGAUCAAUAUUUACAUGAAAACUCUACUUCAUCACCAGGUUUCUGCACAAUGUUUAACAAAGGGACUGAAAAUCCUUACUUUUCAGACACUUUAGGUCACUUGGCCAUGCAAUUGCUAAAAGAGAAUAAAAAUGAGUCAUGUAUCCCUCCAAACUCAGAUGUAAAUCCAAGCAAGAACAUUGGCAUUGCUUCAGCUACUGCUUCCAUAGCAAGUGGAGAACAAUCUUGUAGCCAUUCCAGUGACUCAACAACAAUUCCAUCGGGUAAUAUAGGCAUCAACAGGAUAGCUUCAUCUUCAGAGAAAAUAAGUGACCAAGCUCUCAGACAUUUAUAUGAUGGAUUUCCACAUGUGCAAAGUUCCUCCGAGAUUCCUGGUGAAGGAAACAGUACAACACUAACCCAGCCAACUGCUGAAACCUUUGUAAUCUUAUCUGAAAAUUUGUAUGAUUUAACAAGAAAAAAGCACUUGAUGGAAGAUGAACCUCCCAAAGGAAUUGACCUUAACAAACACAUUGAACAAAGCAUGGCGAGGGCUGCUGACACAACUCUCCAUUUACAGGAUCCACAUGAAACUACUCUUCAUAGAGUUGGUAAUGAUGAAGAAAUCCCACAUGCAUCUUCUAGUACAAAAUAUGUGAAGCUUCAAGAGUUUUCAAAAGAAGAUGAAGAACCAUUGUAUAUCUCUCCUGUGAAUUCAAAUGAGACCAUCCCAGAUGUGAUCUUCCAAAAUGCUGUACAAACAUUCAAAGAAGCUUUCGGAAAAGAAUCAAAUAGUGAACCUAACAGUAGCUCUUUCUUGCAAGAUAUCCCUUCUGCUGUUCAUUUUGUCGAAGAUAUUGUUGCUGAGAUCAUGGAAUCAUCAGAAACAGGUCAUCCUCUUGGUUCUAAACCAACUACUUUGUUAGCCUCCAACAACUCAAAGGAGCAGCACAUAAUAAUCUCUGAACUUUCAGAUGUAGAUGGACUUGAGAUGCAAGUUGAAGUUCAUCGAAACUUGAUUUUAUCAGAUUUUAAUGGUGAAGACCAUGAACCUUCUGAGAGAACCUCCCCUGCUAAAAAUGCAUUGCACGAUGAUGUAAUCAAUUCACAGGAAGCAAGUCCUCACAACAUUGCAGAUGGUGAAAACUAUAUAGAAUCUGACAUGCCUGAGGCUGAACAACAGUUAGAAAUAGCUUCCGGUUCGCUACAUUCAGACAAAGAUGGUACAAUUAAAGGUGAUAAGAAAAUACCCCAGAUUGCACAGCUUCCACCUAUAGCAUGGAGAUUGACAAAGCCUCCUAUGCUACCAGUUUUUGAGAAUGAAUCUUCUCAACUGUUGCAAGGAGUCAAUGUGCCAGCAACUGUGCAAGAAAAUGAUAUACAUUAUACCUUGAAAUCUAGUAGAAAAACCAUGGGUGAAGCUUUGGCAUCACCUCUUGAAGAAGACAAGAAGGUGCAUGAUAAAGACAUUACUAUAUCAUCAAGUGAUGAGACACAUCCCUCAACGUUGUUGGAGGCAACUCCAAAUGUUAAUGAGAGGUCCCAAAAUGGUGCCGUAAAUUUAGAUGGAACUCCUACCUCAUUAUCGGUAGCAUUAGCCAUUGAAGAUGAGAGGCUCAACCAAAUUCAUGAAACUAUAAAUGGAAGCCUUCCACCAACGGCACCAUUUCCAAUGGGAAGGCCUAUAAGAUCUGAACAUGGAUCUCUGUCUUUAGAAGAUAAGACUUCAUCCACCUUUCAAGAUUUAACUUCACUGACUUCAGAAAGCGAGAAACCACAAAGGAGGGCUCACUCAGUAAUCAUUAGGCCUAAUGCCCUCUUGAUUGAGUCUGUUGCAUCUCAUGAUAAAAGCAAGAAGUUGCCUGAUCUCAUUCAUGCCUCAGCUAUGCCAAACCGUGAUGAAAGAGGAUCUUUUCUGGAGCAGAUCAAGAACAAGUCCUUCAGCCUGAAACCGACAGUAGCACCAACUAUGAAGUUUAAGGGUGGUCCUCCUACAAAUCUCAAGGUCAUAGCCAUUUUGGAGAAAGCAAAUGCAAUCCGCCAGGCAUGUGCUGGAAGCGAUGAGGAUGACGACGACGACGACGAUAACUGGAGUGACUCUUGAUAACCAUUUACUUGAGAAAAACCAUGUCAAUCUUGCUCCUCAGGAAGAAAUUUACAAUCAGUUCUUACUGCCCUCCACCAUUGGCAAUAGCAUCCAGAUUUUUGAACUAAAAGUCAAUUAUAUUCCACAAAUUUUUGUUGGUGCAGAAAAGCUGAUGUUGCAUGUGAAAGAAGACCAAGAUAACAGCAGAUUGUAAAGCUCAAGGAGGUAAACUGGGCACGUUUCAUACAAAAUCAAUGAAAUUGCUCCAAGAUAAGAGAUCACAUUAUUGUAACCGCUUCUAGCUUGCGACUUACAUUGCACAGAAUUGAUUCAAUUAUACUUUUCAUAUUUCUGUUUAUUUUUUGGGGGAGUUAAAUGAUGUAAAAUUAUAUAGGUUUUCAUUUUCUAUUGUCAUCUUUCUAUGCUUGCAAAUGAGA